ACCAUGGACGAUAUUGCUGUCGUGGGUUUCUCCUUCAAGCUUCCUCAGGAUGUCGAGGAUGUCUCGAGUUUGUGGGAGACACUGGAAAACCGAAAGAACCUGAUGACGAACUGGCCUGAAUCACGUAUCAAAAGUGAAGCGUUUCCACCAAACAGUCAGAAUAAGCUCUACUGCCGUGGCGCACACUUCAUCAAUGACGACCCAGGCGCCUUCGAUGCCCCCUUUUUCUCCAUCACCGCUAAGGAGGCUGCGUCAAUGGACCCCAUGCAACGAUGGACUCUCGAGACAUCCUAUCGUGCCUUUGAAAAUGCUGGUAUUCCCGUAGAGAGCCUUAAAGGUUCACGGACUGCAGUAUUUGGCGCGUCCAUGACGGAUGAUUACGCCAGAAUGGUGUCACAGGAUCCUGAGAACACACUACGUCAAGCUAUUACGGGCACAUUCGCUUCCAUCUUACCAAACCGCGUGAGCUGGUUCUUCGAUCUUCGUGGACCCAGUGUCCACGUUGACACUGCCUGCUCCAGCAGUUUGCUGGCCGUCGAUUUAGCCUGUCAGUCUAUUAGACACGAUGAAGCCUCAUCAGCCCUAGUCACUGGAUCGAACUUGAUUCUCGGACCCGCAGGCUUCUUCCUACUCUCCAAUCUCAACUUCCUGUCUCCAGAAAGCAAAUGCUAUAGUUUCGAUCACAGGGCCAACGGAUAUGCCAGAGGAGAGGGUAUUAUCGCCAUGGUCCUCAAACCCAUGUCGGCUGCUCUACGAGACGGCGACAUGAUUCGUGCUGUGAUCCGUUCUACGGGGUCGAACCAGGACGGCCACACACCUGGGAUGACGCAGCCCAGCCCUGAGGCGCAGGAAGAAUUGAUCAGACGUGUUUACGACAAGGCGAACUUACCAUUCCACUUGACUCGUUAUAUUGAAGCUCAUGGAACGGGAACGCCGGUUGGUGAUCCAAUCGAGAUGAAAGCCAUUGGUAGAGUCUUCCGGCUUUAUCGCUCGGCUGAGGCUCCACUCUAUGUGGGGUCCGUCAAAGCCAAUAUUGGUCAUCUUGAGGGAUGUAGUGGUCUAGCUGGUGUCAUCAAAUCAAUAUUAAUACUGGAGAAGGGCAUCAUCCCACCUAAUGCCCUGUUCGAGAAAAUCAACCCUGCUAUUGAUGUUGAUUUCUAUCAUACGGAGGUUCCGACUGAGAAUAUAGUCUGGCCAAAUGAGGGCUUACGCCGAGUGUCGGUGAACUCGUUUGGAUUUGGGGGCUCAAACACCCAUAUCAUCCUGGACGACGCGUUCCAUUAUUUAGAAGAUCGUGGAAUCGCCGGAAACCAUUGCACCAUUCGUGUUGCUGAUGAUGCAACCAAUGUGAAACUCAUCUCAAAUGGAAUUGAUCAGAUCAUGGGGACUAUUAAGACUAACGGAACCCUUUUCGCGAAUGGGACUUCCGGGGCCAAUGGAAAACUGAACUUCAACGGAACCUCGUCUUCUACUUCAGGCACGAAUGGUAUUAACACUCCCACAACCGUCCCAUCUAUACACGAACCGCAUCCUCACAGGCUCCUGGUCUUCAAUGCCGCCGACUCCAAAGCCCUCAAGCGCACAUUUCAGGGCUAUGAGACAUUCUUCAAAACGAAAAUUGCAGACAACCCUGCCAAGCUCGACCAACUGGCUUUCACUCUAGCACAGAGACGCAGUCAGAUGCUAUGGCGAACGUUUUCGGUUGUGCCCAGCGGUGAUAACGAAGAUGCGGGAAAACUGGAAGCCCCUGGAUCGAUCCGGACUUCGACGGAUACCGGCCUCGCGUUUGUCUUCACAGGACAAGGGGCCCAGUACGUGGGAAUGGGCAUGGAGCUUCUUCAGUACCCCGUGUUUGAGGCGACAUUGCGAUGUAUAGAUGAAGUGUAUGCGAGUUUGGGAUGCAAGUGGUCGAUAUUCGACGAAUUCAGCAAUAGAGAAAACAUUGACAAGCCCGAAUACAGCCAGCCUCUAUCUACGGCUGUUCAGAUUGCUUUGGUAGAAUUGCUGAAAACCUUUGGUGUCGUUCCCAAGGCCGUAGUCGGACACUCAUCAGGGGAAAUUGCAGCUGCUUACGCCAUAGGCGCCUUAUCCCUUCAAUCAGCCUGCAAAGCCUCCUACUUCCGCGGCCAGCUUGCCGGCAAACUGCGAACUACGACUUCCUCCCCUAGAGCCAUGGUAUCAGUCAACCUUCCCGAGUCCCAAGUUUCUUCCUACCUGGAGAACAUGAACUCGCCACAAAUUAUCGAGUCAAUUACCAUUGCAUGCAUCAAUAGCCCUAAGAACUGCACCCUAGCCGGCUCAGAAUCUUCCAUCGAUGCCGUCAAGUCCCAACUUGAGAAGGACGGUAUAUUCGCGCACAAGCUCAAAACGGGGGUGGCUUACCACUCGCCAUCCAUGGCGGCCAUCGCGGAUGAGUACCUAUCACUCAUGGGAUCUUUGAAACCGCUCGAGAAUGAUGCACAUAAUUCCCUCAAGAAAGCAAGGAGCAAAGAACCAUCAUCAAUCCCAAUGGUCUCCUCCGUAACGGGCCAACGCAUCCGUCUCGCCGAUUUAGCUGUGGCUAGAUAUUGGGUAGACAACAUGAUGUGCCCCGUCCGCUUCUCCGCCGCUAUAGAAACCCUCACUCAGCGUUCGUUGUGGCUCAAGAUAGGAAUGGUAAAUAUCACCGACCUUGUCGAGGUGGGACCGCACUGUACACUGAAGAGGCCGGUGCUAGAUACGCUUGCUGCGGCGGGAACUUCAUCUAAUAAUAACAAGAAAUUGGCUCGGUAUAGUUCGGUGCUGUACCGGCAUAAACCGGCGGUGCAGACAGCGCUCGAGCUCGUGGGGACGUUGUAUUGUCUUGGGCAUGCUGUUUCGGUUACGGCGGCAAACCAGCAUACAAGCGAGAAGGGGCCCAUGCCAUUCUUGGUGGAUUGUCCGGAGUACCCGUUUGAUCAUUCAAACAAGUACUGGGCGGAAUCGAGGCUGGGUAAGGAUUUCAGACUUCGAGAGCCGGUGACUGGGGAGACGCUUGGUUGGAGUUUCAAUGACUGGAAUCCUCUGGAGCCGAGAUGGAGGAAUUUCUUGAGCGUUGAGACUACGCCCUGGGUGGGGGAUCAUGUUGUCAGUGACACCGUCAUCUAUCCCGCAGCAGGCAUGAUCGUUAUGGCCCUCGAAGCAGUCCAACAAAUUUGCCCUCCAAGCCGCACUAUCUCAGGUUUCUACGUAAAAGAAGCCGAGUUCAUGAGCCCGAUUGUUGUUAAAGAGGCCUGGGAUGACAGGACCGAAACCAUGCUGCAUCUGCGACCCGUUCAGAACCCCUACGAAAAAGAAGCGACAUGGUCCGAUAUCAAGAUCUACGCACGGUCUGACGAGCGAUGGACCGAGUGUUUCCGAGCCAGCGUCCAGCUUCAGUGUGAAGAGAGCACUCAAGUCGAUAGGGGGCUGGAGGCAAAGUUGGAGGAUGAGAAUGUGCCGGUGGAAUCGUGCACGAGGCCUAUUGAUGCGCAGGUGUUUUAUAAAGAUUCCGCUGAGCAUGGGAUUAGAUAUGGUGAUUGGUUCCGGCUUCUGGAGGAUAUUCGCUGGGAUGGCAAGACGGAUGCUAUCUCCCGUGUUAGUGUCUCGAUGGCGAAGCAUCAUACGUCCAGUAUCGUUCACCCUGCUGUGUUGGAUGCGGCUUUCCAUGCGCUGAGGAUUAGCACUACGAAGGGACUGUCGAACUGGUCUCCCACGAGCAUCCCCGUUCGCUUACAGGAUGCAUGGUUCGCGCACUCGGGGUGGCUGCAGCUUUAUACCUCUUCGGUCCGAUAUCUUGCCAACUCGAGCGGCGAGCCUGGCCAGGAGAGUACCGUAGGCACCAUCUACGCCCUGGCUGACGACGGGUCGACGUUAUGCACUAUGAAAAAACUGACACUAGCGUCAGUUCCGAAGGAGGAAAAAGGGGAGAUUGCCGCCAAAAAGCUGUUAUACGGCAUUGAAUGGAAACCUCAACUACGUUUGCUCGAUCCGGAACAGCUCCUGCUCGCGUGUGGUGCCAAUACCUUCGUCAAGGACGAGAGGGACCUAAUCAUCCAUCACCAGAAACUCGGUACAUUACUUAAUCUGGCUGUAUUCCGGAUACUGAAGCAACUAUCCGAAGCAGACCGAGAGAAAGUCCCAGAGAACUUGCGAAGACAACUUGUCUGGAUGGAACACCACGCCAAGCAACUCUCCGGCUCAGGGGCAGAAACCAUCAACACCGAAAUCACUGACACCGACCUUGAAUCUCUCCUCCAACAAAUCGAAACCCUCCACCCUCCCUGGAAACUCUUCACCGCUGUCGUGCGGCACUUACACCCCAUCCUAACCGGCGUGAUUGACCCCCUCGAAGUCAUCUUCGACUCAAACCUCGCCUCGAUAUUCUACGUCGACAUGUUCGAUAGUAUCUGCGAUCUUCGGCUGCAUAAAUUUCUCGAACUCGCCUCGCAUGAGAACCCUGCUCUGCGCAUUCUCGAAGUAGGCGCUGGGACGGGCGGCAUGACGUCGCACGUUUUGACCAGCCUGCAGAAUCUCGAGAAGCAGGGCGGUGGACUGAGGUUCAAGGAGUACACGUACACCGACAUCUCACUGACGUUCUUCGAGGAGGCGGGGGAUAAGUGGGAGAAGCUGGGGUUAGGAGAGAGGAUACGGUUCAAGACUUUGGAUCUCGAACGCAGUCCCAUAGAUCAGGGGUUCGAAGAGGGCGGGUAUGAUCUAGUCAUUGCGGGGAGUGUUUUGCAUGCUACCGAGGACUUGAUGGCUACGAUUCGAAACGUGCGCAAAAUGUUGAAAUCUGGAGGUAAACUUGUCGUGCUCGAGGCAGUGGCGCCGGAGAACGUAGUUACCAAUUUUGCGUUUGGGUUGGUGCCGGGUUGGUGGCGGUGCGUGGAGGAGUGGAGAGAGAUGUCGCCGGCUGUUAAGGAGGGGAAGUGGGAUGAGUGUUUGAGGGCUGGGGGGUUCUCGGGGAAUGAUGUGUGUUUCAGGGAUUAUGAGGAUGACGGGUGUCAUAUCUUCAGUAUCAUGAUAACGACCGCUGGUGAAGAGACCUUUGAGGCUGAUUCGAGUUCAGGGGUUCUCUUGGUGGUGGACGAUCUGUCGGAUCUUCAAAACGAACUGGCGAAGUCGAUUGCAACUCAUCUUGCAGGAGCCGAGAUCCUAUCUCUGGACCAGUUCCGUGCGACAGAUCUGACCUUAGGGACUAUUGUGGUGUCGCUUCUAGAAACGGACAAGUCUUUCCUCGCCGGAAUAUCCGAACACAAUUUCAAGGGCCUCCAAGAUCUUAUCAAGCGGACAGGUAAAUUGCUGUGGGUCACGUCAGUCAGCAUUGAGGAUUCACAAUAUCCAAAAUACAGCAUCGUUCAAGGGUUGCUGCGAUCCAUGCGAUCCGAGUCACUCGAAAAGCACAUCGUCACACUUAGUAUUGAAUCCCAGUCAGAGACACCCGCGGAGUAUGCGCACUACGUCAUCAAAGCUUUUAAAUCAGCUUUCGAGUCCUCAUCCCAGGAACUCGAAUAUAUCAUCAGCAACGGCCAAAUCAGUUCCGGGCGAGUCGUGGAAGAUGUCACUCUGAACUCGACCUUACGCUCGCUUCUCCACCCGCAGUUAAGGAAAAAGCUCUGGCUUCCAGGUCCCCCACUAGCUCUCUCAGUCCACAGCCCAGGAAUUCUAGACACUCUCGAAUUCGUCGAAGACACCCAACACGACUCCGAGCUUGGCCCCCAAGAGGUGGAAAUCGAGGCUAAAGCCUGGGCCCUCAGCUUCCGGGACGUUUUCGUCGCCCUGGGCCGCCUUGAUGCAAACGAGCAGCUCGGCGCUGACUGCGCUGGCGUAGUCACCCGAGUCGGGCCCUCUUGCACGUCUGGCAUUCAGCCCGGCGACAGGGUGUGCAUGAUUUCUCUGGGGUGCAUGCGGACGUGCCCCCGCGCGCACGAAGCUAUCGUGCUCAAGAUCCCGGGUGCUCUGUCCCUUGAGGCGGCGGCUUCUAUCAUUGGACCGGGAAUUACGGCUUAUUACGCAUUUAUUGAUGUUGCACGGCUGAAAAAGGGAGAGAAGAUAUUGAUCCAUUCGGCUGCCGGGAGUACAGGACAGAUGGCGAUGUGGAUUGCCAAGCUAAGAGGGGCGGAGAUAUUUGCUACAGUUGGCUUCGACGAGAAGAAACAGUUUCUCGUUGAUCAGUUCGGCAUACCAGAGGACCACAUCUUCUAUAGUCGGAACACGUCGUUCGCUCAGGGGAUCAUGCGGGUUACCAAGGGAUACGGUGUGGACGUUGUACUCAACUCACUGUCGGGCGACGGACUGCGAGCUUCGUGGGAGUGUGUGGCGCCAUAUGGGAGGUUCAUCGAAAUCGGCAAGGUGGAUAUCAAAUCCAACUCGGCGUUACCCAUGGCUAGCUUUGCCAAGAAUGUUAGCUUUUCCGCUGUCGAUUUGCAUCAUGUCUUGGAGUCGGAUCGGGAGCUGACGGCUAGGCUGUUGAGGAAUACUAUGGCUCUACUUGCGGCAGGCGAGAUAGAACAUCCGAAGCCGUUGCAUGUGUAUCCUGCAUCUCAACUUGAGCAGGCGUUUAGGUACGUGCAGAGUGGCAGGAAUACGGGGCGUACAGUUAUCGGUGUGGAUCCUUCUGAUGUGGUUCCGCAACGUCUGGUAGAACGGCGGACUUGGAUGUUCGACCCAAAUGCAUCAUACGUCGUCGCAGGAGGAUUUGGCGGCUUGGGUCGAGCUAUUCUGCGCUGGAUGGCGGCCAGAGGAGCCAAACACCUCAUCGUACCCUCCCGAUCUGGUCCAGCAUCCAAUACAGCAUCCGAAGUCGUCUCUGAGCUAACACUUCUCGGUAUCAACAUCACCACCCCAAAAUGUGACGUAUCAUCGCUCGCCUCCCUCGUGAGCGUCCUCCAAGACUGCUCUUCCACCAUGCCCCCUAUCAAAGGCUGCAUCAACGCCACCAUGGACCUCCAAGACGCGAUCUUCGACAGCAUGACCCAUGCGCAGUGGGAGCUAACCCUCAAGUCCAAAGUCCAGUCCUCGUGGAAUCUGCACCAUUCCCUGCCGCAGGAUCUCGAUUUCUUCAUACUCCUCUCGUCCCUCAGCGGCGUAUGUGGAACUAUCGGCCAGUCCAACUACGCAGCCGGCUGCUCGUACCAAGAUGCCCUAGCUCGGUAUCGUGUUGCCAACGGUCAAAAGGCCGUCUCGUUCGACAUCGGCUGGAUGCGCAACAUCGGCAUCAUCGCCGAGACGGAAGCAUACCAGCGCAACCGCCGUAACGCAAAUGACAUGCAGCAGAUUGAUGACCAGGAAUUGUUAGCGCUGCUAGAUAUAUACUGCGAUCCAAACAACCCCGAGCAACAGCAAAAUGACAAAAAGACCCAACUCCUCAUCGGCCUCCACCACCCCGCCAAUUUCCUCCUCGAAUCGCAAUCCCCACCGGCCCUGUUCGACCGCCCCCUCUUCGCCUCCUUCUCUCACAUCAUCGCCCCCCACUCCACUUUCUCCCUUUCCAACUCCAACUCCAGCAAUCCCGAUCACUCAGCAGCCCUGCACUUCCGUCAAUCCACCGACACCAACGAGCGGGCACAGAUCGUGAUACGCGCUUUGACCGCCAAGCUGGCGCGCACCAUGUCCAUUUCAAUCGACGAGGUGGAGCUACGGAAGCCGCUGUCGAGUUAUGGGGUGGACUCGCUCAUGGCGGUUGAGCUGCGGAAUUGGAUUGGACGGGAUUUCGGCGCGCAGGUUGCGGUUUUUGAUAUCAUGGGCGGUGUACCGAUUGCGGCGGUGGGAGACUUGGUUGUGGCGAAGAGUAGUUUUGUGGGGGGGAAGGGAUGGGGGGUGGGAAAUAGGGGGUUAUAUUGGAGGAUUUGGGUAGCUGGCUGGGAAGUAAUAAGGUUCAAGAUUGAAGAAGAUCAAUAUUGGAAAUGUGAUAGUCAUCUGCCCUACUAUGUCUCUAGUUACACAUGUAUUUCAAGGAAUUAUGAAGGGGCCAAACAUAUUCUCCUAAAUAAUGUUACUGGGAUACUGACAAAGGACCUUGGAACAACAACGCCACGUAAAUCGUAA